AGAGAGGAGGGUCGUCCUCUUCUCUCGCGUCCUUCCUUCCCUUUUUUAACUGUCGAGCACAGUGACCAGAUUAAGGAGCUUUCUGUCCGGAGCAGAGCAGGCCACGUCUUGAUCACUAUGACAGAACAGGAGGCAGUUGCCCAUGACAUAGAGGAUGAUGAUGAGUUGGAUGGAAAACUAAAUUACAAACCUCCACCCCAAAAGACUCUUCAGGAAAUCCAGGAGCUGGACAAGGAAGAUGAAAGUUUAGCGAAGUACAAGAAGUCAUUACUGGGAGAAGUUCCAGUACUCACAGAUCCAGCAGCUCCAAAUGUGGUUGUAACCCGUCUUACAUUAGUCUGUAGUGAAGCGCCAGGACCCAUUACAAUGGAUCUCACUGGAGACCUGACAGCCCUAAAGAAAGAACCAUUCACUAUGAAAGAAGCUGUUGAGUACAGAGUGAAAAUCCACUUUAAAGUAAAUAAAGAAAUAGUCUCAGGACUGAAGUAUGUGCAGCACACACACCGGGGAGGAAUCAGAGUUGCUAAAGCCACAUUUAUGGUAGGAAGCUAUGGCCCUCGACCAGAAGAAUAUGAAUUCUUGACUCCAUUGGAAGAGGCUCCAAAGGGAAUAAUGGCUCGAGGAACGUAUCACAACAAGUCUUUCUUUACCGACGAUGACAAUCAUAAUCAUCUAACUUGGGAGUGGAGCCUGGCUAUUCGCAAGGAUUGGAGUGAAUAAAAUACCACUGUAUAACCGUAUACUGUACUGAAUCUACCGCUAUAAUAUUAUUAGGAGGAAACUGACAGCAUAAUGAUGAGAGCAAGGGACAUAUCAUAAGGCUCUAUGUCUCCUGUUCCACCACCAUCUUACAAAUCUAGCCUGUCUGUCGUCAUCACUAGGGGACAAGCUGUAUGCAGUUCAUUUUAAUAAGAAUCUAUAAAACUGUAUAUAGAUCAGGCCCUAGUGAUGGGUACAGGCAGCUAAGAUUUUUACAGGUCUGUGAGUGGAACACCCCAGGAGUGCCAAAGUCUUGGUUUUUACUAUAUUAUGAAAUGGCUGUACAUCCUUUAUGCAGUUUGUUUCUUAAAAUAAACAUUGUAGCAGUAGAUAACUUCUAAAUGUUGCCUGCAAGUAUCUGCACCCCGCUCCCCCAGCUUAUAGCAGAAACAACAACCUGUGAUGUUGCGCCACCUUGUGUAACAUGGUGUCACCCAUUUGCUGCCUCUUAUAAAAGUGACAACUUUCACAACAUGGACAAUUCUCAUAUUAUCUGGCCCAAUAUUCUUCUAUAUUUGUCCAACUUCCAACCUGGACAGAGAUAGAACAGUGGAAUUGGUUUAUAGUCUCCAUCAGGGCCGGUUCUGCCUAUUGGCAGCCACCUAGAGAGCCCCCUUGAUGGGGGCACCACUCUGCCCUCUGCAAGAAAGUUAGUAGCUAGCCUCCAAAGCACCCGCUGCUUAUCCAAAUCACCAGCCCAGCCAGCAUCAACAUCGCAACCCCCUCCCCGGGAACCACAAUAAUCUGCAUUCUUCAGCCUGCUGGAGAAGCGCAGUGCCAUCUCUGAGGCCAGACAGGCAGAUCCGGACAUCGCGUGCAUCUCAAUACAUUCGCCCCCAUGAGGAGGAGGUUUGCUACAGUGUGUCACCCCAGUAGUAAGGUGGGGCGUGUCAAAGGGUGGAGUCAGUGGGCCGGGUCAAGGAUCGGCAAAAUUAGCUUUCGCCUAGGGUGGCAAAUAUCCUUGCAGCAGCCCUGGUCUCCAUGUCUAAUAAAUGGACCAUGUAGGUAUCAAUUAAAGUGUCAUUCCACCAGUAGAGAACAAUUAUAACGCUAAAUAGCUAGAUAAGAGUCCUGGGAGAUAAAAAAAAAAAAAAAGUAGAGACCAGAGAGAUUGUCACUUCCCUUCCCCCACUCCUUCCCCAAGCCUCAUAGAUGACAUCUUCUAAGUAGGCUUGCGCUGGGUCCAUUCCCUCAAUGCCCGAUUGGACAUGACUGACAUCUCUUGUCAUUAAAAAAAUAAUAAUAAUAAUUACAUGUGAGCUUUUUACUUAAUGAAUCAGCAUGUGUGAUGUGUUCCGCUUCCCGCUUGCAUAUGACCAUCAGGGCUGAAUUAUAUUCUGUAACGUAUGUAUACAAGAUGUUUUUUGUUAUGUUAAUGGAAUAAAUAAUAUCAUGUAUAUCUUA